AAAUACAUAAUUGGUUGAAAUGUGACCAUCACAUCAUUGGAGCAUCUCUGGUAUACCUCCAAAUGUUUGCUAUAGGAGCGGGCUCGACAUCAUAUGAUGAGAUAUUUCCAUUGAAAUACAAGAAUGUGCCUGUGAUGAUAGACGCAUAUUAUUGAAAUGUUUGAACGUUCCUUUAAAUUUGAAGCGGUUGCCGCAAUUUCUGUCGACAUUUGGGCUGAAUGGGACCUACUCCAUUUAUAGGGUAGGGUAGUGAUGCUAUAUGGAAUGGUAGUGGAUGCUACCAGAAACAAAAGAUUUAACAUUGCAGAACACAGUGGAGUCUUACUGGACGAAGAAGAAAAUAACAGAAGAGAUGAAGAAUGAAGAACUACAAGACUUAGUUUAACUUAAAGGAUUUAUAUAGUAACUAGUUAAAACAUGUUGAAUGUUGUUUCGUGACGGGAGCAGUGUGCUGCAACAUCGUGGGCCACGGCUGCACGCUGGGCUACCCAGGGAUCUUGUUACCGCAGCUGAAACUGCCAGAUAGCACCAUCACACUCAGCUUAACCGAAGAAUCUUGGCUAGCGGCGGUGACGGGCAUCCUGCUGCUGGUGGGCAGUUUCGUGGCGCCGCCCAUCAUGUCACACUUCGGACGGAAGGCCGUGCACCUAGGACUCACCGUGCCCAGCCUCGUGGGGUGGUUCAUCACUAUCUUGGCGACAAAUUUUGAGAUGCAUUUAAUCGGAAGAAUCCUGCAGGGUCUAUCCUUCGGCAUGAUGAUCCCCGUCCGCUCCGUCCUCAUAGGAGAAUAUACCAGCCCCAAGAACCGAGGUGCCUUCCUCACUCUCCUGGCCUUAGCUCAAGGUUUCGGCAUUUUUUACGUCCAUCUUCUAGGUUCUGUCACUGAUUGGCAAAGGACAGCCUUAAUCUGUGUGUUCUUCCCAUUCUUCAGCCUCAUCAUGACUAUCUACGCUCCAGAAUCUCCAAGCUGGCUCGCUUCGAAACGAAGAUACGACGAAUGCAGAACUGUUUUUAGAUGGCUGAGAGGUUAUGAUGAAGAUGAUGAAUUAGAAGAGAUGAUACACGCAAGGAUACUGAUAGAAAAGGCGGCGAAUGUAGAAAAUAAAACAAAAAAUAAUGUUUUCAAGCAGGUAGCAUCGACUAUAAAGAAGAAGGAAUUCUACAAACCUAAUCUAUUGAUGAUAUCAGCUUUCUGUAUGAUCCAGUUCGUUGGUGGCACAACCAUGGCGGCGUACUCACCGGUAAUAAUAAAAUUGAUCGUCGGACCUGAAGCUAACGCCAAUUUCUGGAUGAUAGCGUUGGACUCGCAGCGAAUCGUGUCUAACUCCAUUGCAGUGUUCGUUAUAAACAAGGUGAAUAGGCGUACAAUGAUGUUUUCUUCGGGAGGACUAUGUGUGUUCAGUCACUUGGCGAUUGCCGUCUAUGUCUACACCAGGAAGCAUGGUAUGCUCCAAUAUGAUGCUAUGUGGCUCCCUCUAUUACUAAUCAACAUGCAAUUUUUCACAGUGGCCGUGGGCAUGAUUCCUUUGCCAACUAUCAUUGCAGGAGAAGUGUUCCCCUUGCAGUAUAAGGCUAUAGGAGGCACCAUCAGUACUCUAUCGCUUUCUGCGUUCAUGUUUUUAGCUUUGAAGACGUUCCCAAUAUUAUCCAGAAACGCAGGAAUCGACGGAACAUAUUUUGUGUACGCGGUAGUAAUAACGUUGAAUUUGGUGAUAAUUUGGUUCCUAAUGCCAGAAACUAGAGGCAGGACUUUGCAACAGAUUGAGAAUGAGUUUAGAGGGGGCAGGUUGCAAACUGUUGAGGAGAAAGGGACUGAGUUGGACCCAAUUGUUGUGAAUUAUAAGAGGAGAAAGUCUGAGCGAAGAUGCAGUAGUCCUUUGUUGCAUUAGUAUUAACCUAGAAGAACUUAAGUCCUAUGAGCAGAUUUUAAUAGGAGCAAGGACAAAUAAAGACAGGUUCGUGACUGUCUUAUUAUAAGGACCAAGUCAAAAUGUUUCAAACCUUGGUCCAUUAUGGUGUCAAGGUGGAGGGAUCAAACUGAUACUGUUCCCUGAAAUAUUCUUUCAGUGCCCUCCAGGUGCAAUGUUGCAGCUCGAAAAUCUUUAUUUUAUUAGGAAUGUUCAAGGCUCGUUUCACCAGUUUCUCAUAAAAUAUCAUAUUAUAAUCUGACAGAUAAACUAACCUGAUCUGUCUGAAUAAAUCAGUUAGCCCUAUUCAACACUUGUGAACCACAAUUUUUAACGUUAUCUGUCCGAUAUGUAACAUUAUUAUUCGAUAUGUAACAUUAUUAUCUGAUUAUUAGACACUUUAUUAGCAAGCGGUGAAACAGGCCCUUGACCAGCUGAGAUUUUUAUCUGAGUUCAUAUCACAAAAUAGGGAGAAGUAUAACAAAGAGUUUUGGACGAAAAAAAGAAAAGAAUAAAAGACGUGAUUUACACUCAAUUGUUCUAAGUUUGUAUAGAAUAUACUGAGGUUAGUGAUUGUAUCUCAAAUACUCAAGAUAAGAGUGAAGUGUUUGUUAAGACAAUAUGUAUUGAUAAGGUAUGCAUUUAGGCGUAGGAAGGAUGACAGGUGGAAGAACAUUUAGGUAAAAUGUCUCUUUGGUCGAGUAUUUUAUUACCAUGAACACCUAAAGAAUAUAUUGUUUUGUAUCUAUGUGUACGGUACAGUACAGGUAAUACAGGUACGGUACAGGUAAUAUUAGUAAUGGUAAGUAAAAUGACUAUGAACGAUUGUGUGUACUAAAUUUAACUGCUAAUACUGACAUGAUCGCUUCAAAUCAUGUUUGUUACAUAUUUUCUGUAUAUAUCUCUCUUUUGGGAAUAAAGAAUAUUUUUAUUGUAUUGUGUAUGAUG